AUGGCUGACAACCAACCAGAACCGAGUGGAUCAGGCCGACGCCUUCUCCCGCACCCCGUAUCACUUGAUGGGACGGCAGGGGUAGAAGAUGCGACGAUUUGUCCCUGGAGAACCGAUGAGACGCCAAAUCGCAAGCGGUCGUCGGCGGGUACCGUAUUUGAGGGGUCCCCAAAACGUCGUCGCACCAUACAGCUCAGAGAUGAAAACAUAAUUAAUCUACUCUACGACUCUGGGAGCGACGAAGGGGAUGACUUUGAGGAUGGCAAUGACGAAGACGAGGAUCUUGACGUCAUCAACUUUAUGGGCCUCCGUCAAUAUACCCGCCAAAUGCGAAACCGCAUCGUGGUGACGGAUCCAGAGGAUGGAUGGAUUCAGAAAAAUGAUGCAAAUGUGGAGAAUGGCCACGAUAAAGAGACGUAUACACGCGAUCCCGGUCCAGCAUUUUCGUCCCAUGAUCCCGCGGAAUAUUUCUACCAAGUCUGGGAUAGCGAGUUCAUGGAGCUGGUGGUUAGAGAGACUAAUUUAUAUGCAUGGCAAAUUAUCUCACAAUUUUCCGACCCUGAUCUCGAUGCCGAGAUUCCAAAGUACUUGGAAUCUUGGACCGAGAUCACGGUUGAGGAACUAUAUAGAUACUUCGCCGUGCUAAUAUUGAUGUCUUUCUGCCUCCGCUCCAAUAUUCGCGAGUACUGGGAGACGGGGAUAAUGGGCAUGCCAGAGUUCCGCGAGAUUAUGGGGCGGAACAGGUUCCAACUGAUCAGCAAAUUUUUGCAUUUUACUUCGAAUGAAAGUUUGCUGACCAGUGGGCAUCUCAGAAAGAUUGAAAAAGUUGCACCAGUUGUGGCACAUUGCAAUAAAAAAUUCAAAGACCUAUACACUCCUGCACAACAUCUCAGCUUAGACGAGUCCUUACUGUUAUGGAAGGGCCGUCUAAGCUGGAAGCAGUGUAUUAGGUCGAAAGCUGCAAGAUUUGGCAUCAAAUCUUUCGAGCUUUGCGAGGCGGAGACUGGGUACCUCCUCCAAUACCGUCUGUACACCGGGAAGAGUACAGACCAAUAUCCAGAUCCCAUACAUGGGUUUCAAGACCACACAGCUAAGAUUGUCUUGGACCUCAUCGAUGGGUAUUUAGAUGUUGGUCAUGUACUUGUCAUGGACAAUUGGUUAAACCAAUUGUUCAUGACUAGGUACCUCAAAUCCCGGUGUACGGACGUAUUGGGGACUUUGAACCGUCGGCGUAAUGGCAUACCACCAGCUGUGAAGGAUAUGAUGCCAAAUGUGCCGCGAGGAACUACGGACCACACAGAGCACCGAGCACACCGCAAUUGCUUCAACGUCUUGAACCAGGACAACACUUCCCUGUCCACACGGAGCUUGCCUCACGGACCCAAAAGGCGAAACACAAGCAAUUACGUUGUGCUCGGUGCGCUGCUCAAAAUCGACGCGUUUGUGUCACACUGA